UUAUCACCGCUGCUCCUGCUGGUUACGUCGUUUCUCCACCUCUCUUCUCUCCCGUCCCCGGCGGCCGGCCGGGCGUCGAGUUCGUCCCCGCGGGCUAGCUCCCUCCCGGCCAUGACGACGGACAAGGGGCGGCCGCUGCCCAAGUUUGGGCAAGAAGACGACCGGCCCCGGGCACGCGACGACGAGAAGACGACCGGUCCCGGGCACGCGCAGGCGGGCAUCCCGCCGGCCUUCAGGGAUAACGGCGGCGCCGGCAACGGCGUGUACAGGCCCGACUUCAAAUCCAGCGACAGCUACCAGUACAUGCCGCCCAAACGCAUCAAGAAGAAGUGGUUCUUCUGUGUGCCUGCUGAUUCUAACUCGUUGCUGCUGCUGCUGCUGGAGAAAAAAGGAACUGUGAAUUGUGUGCCUCACCAGGAGUAAAUACUGGACGGGAGCGCCGGGGUACACUUGGAAAAGUAUUCAUGG